UGUUGUUUUGUUGUGUUCUCUCUGCAGUUCGACUCCAUCGCGGAUGUUCGUCUGGAUCACGUGUCCUGUAUUAUGGCGACAUCUGGUGGUGAGGUGGUGGCUAUACGCCCUACGACGUAAGUACGUCAGUUCUGUCUCUGCGUAGUUUCCGUAGUUCCCCUGAACUUGACACUACAGUGUUUCUGCGGUGGUUGUGUCCAGCGGUGAGACUGUUGAUGUUAUCGACCACAGCAUGGAGUUAAUCGACGAUUGUCUCAUUUCUGUUUUCACAUUUCUGACCGAGGAGGAUUUACUCAGUGCUUCGGCUGUGUGUAAGGGCUGGAACCAGGCUGCGGACACCCCGUGGUUGUGGAGGAGGCUCUGUCUGCAGCGCUGGAGCUUCUGUAAUCUCAGUGUUUUGGGAAAUGAAAACAUAACUCACUCGUGGAAGACGUACUUCCUGCGACGAUGUCAUCUGGAGUCGAAGAUGACGACGGGGCGUUCAGGAGGUUACAGCUGCAGAAGUCUGAGAGGUCACACAGGCAGGGUGGUGGGCCUGGUGUACCUGCGGGGGAGUUCAGCCCAGAACCCUGACCUCUUCACCAGCUCUUCCACAGUCUGCAGCGCCUCCACUGACGGGACAGUCAGAGCCUGGAACGUCCACAACGGUGAGCUCCUGUGGUGCACUCCUGUGCAGAGUCCACUGACACACAUCAUACGUGAUGAACAGAGUGACGCUGUGAUCACAGCAGACAGCCGUGGAAUCAUUAAGACCUGGCAGGCUGGUACUGGCCAGGAGGGGGCGUCCUAUUCCACUGGACAUCCAGUUAGUGCUUUAGUCCAGUACAGUGUCGACAAGGAGUGGUUCCUGACUAUUGGAACCCAUCUGGGCUCGGUGUGCACUUUAGCUGACUCGGCUCUGACUAAGAAGUCGAGCAUAAAGGUGUGUGACUCCUUUAAAGUCAACAUUCUUCUAGCUUCACCAGACAAGAAAUGGAUUGCAGCUGGAACCAAGGACAAUGAUGAUUUAAGUCCAAAGCUGAUCUACACUGAGAGCCUGACCUGUCCCAGCGAGGACGAAGAACCUCUGUCCCGGGUGGUGCCGGUCCCUGGGUGCCAAGCUGCUGUCUUCGUCCCCACCCAGGCUGCCAGACUGGCCAUCGUCCACAACCGUGUGGACUCACACAAAGCCCUCAGUGUCUUCGACGUCAGCAUGAGAAAGACCAAGUACAAGUCAGACAUUCAGAUCCAGCAGGUGGAGUCCUUCAACCUGUCAGAGAUCGGCCAGCACUCGGACAUCCUUCUGGAGGCCAAGGACAGCAACUGCUUCUUGUUGGCGUCCGGCCCGCAGCUGUGGGUGUUCUCUGUGAAAGGAUCCGUACUGGCUCGUUAUAAAGAACACAGCAUGUCCAUCUCCUCCCUCUGUCUGGACAACUUCCGGGUGGUGACAGCGUCCCAGGAUCUGUCCCUGCGGGUGCUGACCUGGAGCAGAGGCGGAGACACUGGUCUGGAGAGCAGGUAUCACUUGUUGGGAGGAUCUCACACGAUGUCCAGAGGAUUCACUCACGUGGCCUGUGACUACACUAGCAUUGUGGCUUCAGUAGAAGGAAAAGAUGGAAAAGACGUGUUAAAGGCUUAUGUUUUCACAUCGUGAACGUCACCUCCGAACAAAUACAGCUGUACUCUGUAUUAUCUGCCUGAAGUACCGAGACUUCAGUCUAAAAUAUCGGUCACAUGCAUGGCACUUAAUAUUAUAUUUACUUUGAUUGGCUUAAGAAAAAUGUUCAAAUAUAAACGUAAAGGAAGCGUAAAGUACGUCUUAUCCAUUCAUAAUACCUUCACUGGCCAAGUACUCGACAGACAGAGUAUUAUUUUACAUUAUUAAACAUGGUUGAUAAUAUAGAAUUAUCGGUGCACAAUAAUAUUGGUUUAACGCUCUGCUAUGAUUGGCUGUAAAGAGGCACGUGAUGAGGUUUAAAAACCAUGGCGGUCCGUAUGGCAGUUCAUAAAUUUACACAUUUAAAGUAGGAUUUUUAGAAUACUGGAUCAUUCAGUGGAGAAAAAAAAGGAACGUAUGAAAACAUCGAGUCAAGUCUCUUCUCGCCGCUGACGUCAUAAUCCUGCGCCGCAUUUCACCGGUCUGGACAACAACAACAAUUUACACAACAAUCCUCAGCAAAAAUCUUUGAGAAGAAGAAAAACUUCUAUCAAUUUCAACACAUAAGAAGCUGCGUCGAGAGAGAAUGAAGGAGCCGUAACUCCAGCGGGAGAUUUUAGCAUGGAUGCUAACAACAAGGAAGAGCGAGGAUGUUUAUAUUCAACAGGCGAUUGAAAGGAAAGAAGACCCGAGAUGUGAGCUCUAUAAACACUACGUCAUUUGACCUCACUUUUUAUUUCUUGGUCUUUUAUGGCUUCAAUGUGCAGUAAAAUUUUGUGUCCAAAGAAAUAAAGAAAUUGUUGAGGAAAA